AUGCUACGGACAGGCUUCCAGGUGGCAGUGAUACUUGGUCACCAUGGAGCUCUUCCUGGUCUCACCCACCUCCUGCCCAGAUUCAACCCUGCCUCAGCCUUCGGAUCCUCCACGGAGACCCUGGUCUCAAGAUUCUGUUGGGAGAUGACAGAGAGUAAGAAUUAUGCCCUCCCCAAUGCCAGCUGGGGUCCAGACAUGCUGAGCCUGUAUCAUGAAUUUCUGGAGAAGACCAAGACCGAAGGCUGGGUCAGACUGCCUUCCUUCAGGUCCAACAGAGACCACAUCCAGGGGUUCAAGCUCCCACUAGAGUCAUCAGCUAACUCAGACAAAAGUGACUGGCGCCUCUUCACCAGGUGUAUUGAAAGGGAAGGACAAGGCUACGAGUAUGUCAUCUUUUUCCAACCAUCUGAGAAGAAGUCCAUCUGUCUUUUCCAACCAGGACCCUACCUGGAGGGGGUCCCAGGGUUUGCCCAUGGAGGGUCCCUGGCAGCCUUGAUAGAUGAGACCUUUUCUAAAACUGCUUACCUGUCUGGAGAGGGGCUGUUAACAGUAAAUUUUAACAUCAGGUUCAAAAACUUGAUUCCCCUGGGCUCUCUGGCUGUGCUGAACGUCAACGUGGAAAAGAUCGAGGACCAGAAGAUGUACCUGUCCUGUGUCACCCAGAGCAGAGACCAGCAGACAGUUUACGCUAAAGCCUCAGGCACUUUCCUCCAGAUGCAGCUGGAAGAGGAUUCAUCUCAACACUAG